GUAUACCAUAUACAAUGGACUCCUUCAAAACCUUAUUUGUUCUGUGUUUCUUCUCAAUCGUUGUCACUGCCUUCAGCGAGGAACACCGCUCGUCGAAACUCUCAAGUGCUUCGAGCCUCGUUCGUCAAGGAGAGUUCCCUUGGCAUGUGUUCAUAAGUUCUGUAAAAUGUAGCGGAGUUUUUAUACACGAGCGAUGGAUUCUAUCAUCAGCGAGGUGUGUGCAGCUUUUAAAAGAUAUGGAGAAUGACCAAAGGACUGUGUUCAUUAGAGUCGGAAAUCAUCAGGUAGACCUGGAUUUACCCGGAGAAGAUGAAGUGCCAGUGUUGAAAGCGCUCGUUUAUCCUGAAUACGCUGCUACAUCGAGCGCUAACUUCGGCUUGCUGUAUCUUGCGCGCAGCGUUAUUCUGCCAAAUGCUCAGCGCAUAACCCGUGUAAACGUCCCGAGUUUACAACUUUUAAGCAGCCCGAUGAUUCUUCAAAAUCGUUCUGCAAAGAUUACAGGCUGGGGUCAUUUCUCGGGGCGUAAGUCGCCAUUUACAACUCUUGCCGAAAACGAUGUUUUGCUAAUACCCGGCCGCGACUGUCUUCAGAGUUUUCCAGAUGUUGGAAAACGUGAGCUGUUGGAAGAAUCUUGGUGUGUUGUGGCCGCAACCGCAGGAAUGUGCUCCAUUGAUCAAGGAAGCCCAGUUGUUAUUGAACGGAACCAUUCUUGGGUUGUAGUCGGUGUUUAUAGUUACGGAGAAACUUGUUCCUCUGAUAAACAUACCGUUUUGUUUUCACGUAUUACGUCUGGUGUGCUGGAAUGGAUACGAAAGCUGUUCACAGUCGGAGACAGACCACAAUGCCGACCGUCAGGUCACCGGGUCCUAGAUACUCCUGCGCGUGCACUGUCUAAUCAAGUGGACUUUGACCUUCCCUUAUGCGACAACAAUUUAGAGGAGGCCUGGUACAAGCUAGAAAUCCAUGGGAUUCCCGCCGAAAUUCCUACAAAAUGUCCUCCGAUUGGCUCGUGUGGAACGCAUGCUCAGAUUUGGAUGCAACCCGAUGGACAUCCCGAGUUUGGAGAGGAGAAGAACGGUAGUGCAUGCGUGGCAUGGGAAGGAGUGGAGAGAGUUUGUUGUUUGUGGCAGUUGCCUGUUCACGUGACUCAUUGUGGUGGCUUUUUGGUUUAUCACUUGAAGAAGACAGGAGAAUGUUCUACCGCUUACUGCGCUAAAGAAGCUGGCAGGAUUCCCUGUGGACCUGGCAAGAUAGGAUAUGCGCCAAAGUGUAAAGCUCGUGACCUCUAUCCCACCCUGGCUGAUCCUCCACAGAUCACACCAGUUGUCCCCCCGGAUAACAUCCUAGCAAGUAAAUCCAUACAUCUACUCUGUUCUUACGACAUUACCGACCCAGGACCCUCUAAAGUCGGUUACAAAGUCACGUGGUAUAAGAUCCUGCGUUUCUUGGGAGGGACGCCUGGAAAACUAAUUUUGUUGACCAACACGACUGACGAGAGAGCGGUAGUUGUUAACUUUGAGUCAGCGGAGUUUAACCUCGGUGAUACAAUUGUUUGUGAAGUGAAGACGUUUUUCUCAGAGAGUCCUGAUCUAAUAAGUCCUGGUUUUUCAAGCGAAGAUUUUUACGUUGGCAUUAAGGUGGAGCCUUCGUCCCUUGUCAUUUCAGAGGAUCAUAAAAUGAAGGAAAUUACCUUUAGUCUUACUGUGCCCCUGGUGUGCCCACCGGACCACCCCAACUGCACAAUACAGAUACCAAUGCACUUAGUUCCUGCUGUUCACAGUCCCAGGAUGUUAUCAGCUGCAGACAUAGCACUAUCCACAUGUGAGGUAACGAUGAAACCGCAAUCCUGUUCUCGUCGUGACUGUGGACGCAAGGUUGUCAGGAUAGUUGCUGUGUCAGACUUUAUUCAUGACGGAGACCCCAGGACACGUAUCAUUACUGAGCCUGCACGGAGCCAGUCGCCGCUUUGGAAGUUACAUGACCCGGCCGAUGCUUUUGUGCUCUCUAAAGAUAUCAACACUCCACGGUGUCAUCUCUUCACUGAGUCUUACAUCAGAACUCUGAUCGGCAGAUAUUACAGGAUUCCCUCAGGAGUAUCAACUUUUCUGUUGUACAAAAGUACAACAAGGCCUUUCGAGGUUCACGCUCGUUUUUGGGCAUGUAGUAAGUCAAGAAACCCAGGAUAUUGCGCAUGUGGAGUAGCUGCAAGAGAUGGAGAUGAUGUCAUUGUAAUUGACAUGUGUAGAGGAAGGUUCAUGGAAACUAGCGUCCAGAUCUCUAUCAAGUCUAAACUUCCUUUGGCAAAGGGAAUUCGAAUAACAGAAGCUAUAAGUGGAAAACGAUAUACGGUGUAUUUUCCGUCAGGAGUUUAUGUUCGUACAGAUGUCUUUGAAUGGGGACUGAAUGUACAAGUUCAAUCGUCUGGAAGAGACCUAAAUCACGUGAAGGGCUUGUGUGGCCUCGGAGAAAUCAACGACUCUUUUGAGGCAAUAAAUGAAGGCUUGCCGCCUGAGAUGAACGGAACGCAACAAUGGAGGUUUCCUGACGGAGACAGUCUAUUUCAUUACAAACCGUUGACUGAGCGACGCCACCAGACGGAAAAACUCUUCUGUCAGUGCAGCUUAAAAGACAACAUCGAGAAGAAAAAGAAAUGCGCCGCCUGUGAAUCAAAAUGUAGGAGACACCAGCACGUGGUAUGGCCAGUCAUGUCACGUGAAAGAGAUAUUACCAGACGAGUUCAGUCACUGCAAGCCGGCCGUGUUCUUGAACGUCGACAUAAUUUCUCAGAUGAGUUUUACCCGCUUGAUGACAACUCGUCAUACCAGCAAAACCUGUUUGACGAUGGAAAACCCGAUACCUUAUUAGCCGUUUUGGCUGUUAUCAGCUACUGUAAAAGGCUAUUGACUGAUACGCCACUCGGAAGAGCUUGCAAGCCCGUAGUUGGUCAGCGGAACAUCGAUGAACUACUGAGGAUUUGCAUCCGGGACAUGAGGUAUACAGGUAUAUCAUCUAUAGUGUGGGGAGCUGCUGCAAUGUUACAAGACUCGUGUGAAGACUUGGUCUUGAAAAACACCUCAGCCUGGGAGAUGACCUCCUUCAUAAAAGGGCUGACUCCACCAAAAACUGUCACAAAUGCUAUGUGUCCACGCCUGUGCAAUGACCGAGGAAGGUGUAUCAAUGGAACAUGCAAAUGUCGACGAGGUUACACAACUGAAGACUGUUCAGUGCCCUCCAAAACUCCACCACAGCUAAUCAGUGUCCAGAAUGACGGGGAAUGUGACAUGAGAAAGUUUCUUUGCGAACAUGUUCGGGUAGUUGGUGAAGGGUUUCACAACGCAAGAGAUCUGAGAUGUUCUUUGGCAGAAAUUACGGAAGCCCCAUUUGAAACUCAGACCUUCUUAUCUAAGGCUACCUACGAAAGUUUCCGUGGCGUAACGUGCGAGGUACCGAGGUCGCAUGACAUAGACGAGGCAAUACGUGGUUACCAAGUACGAGUGAGUAAUGAUGGAAAUUUAUGGAGCCAGCCUCGUCCUCUUUUCAUUUUUGAUGGGAAUUGUCUGACGUGCACCACUCAGGGCAUGCGUUGUGAGAUUAAGAAUGGGACUUGUCGUAUUCAUGGCCGUUGCCGCAGACGUGGUGAAACAAAUCCUCAGGAUCCCUGUCAGUGGUGUUCACCAAAAGACAGUCAACGGAACUGGACAGACAUACGCUGCCAAUCCGGGACCUGUGAAACUUCCACUUGUGUGCAUGGAGUUUGUAUAGAUACAACCAUGGGAAGGUACUUCUGUUUCUGUGAUGAAGGAUUUAGAGGACUAAACUGCGAUGUUCCUGAAAACUCUUGCGCUUCGAACCCUUGUGGAAGUGGGACUUGCGUUCAACUUGGAAGUACGUUUCGUUGUGAAUGUCCUUUGGGAUACGCAGGUUUACAAUGCUUGGACCUGAUCAACCCUUGCUCUUCAAAUCCAUGUAACAAUGGAAGCUGCGUUACUAAUGGAACGCACUUUGGUUGCUUCUGCGAUGAAGGCUUCACUGGUCGAUCCUGCGAGACUAAAGUUCAGAGUUGCUUGUGUCGACAUGGGAGAUGCGUGCCUCAGGCUGAGAAUUAUGUUUGCAUCUGUGAAGUUGGGUACACAGGGAAAUUCUGUGAAGCACGAAGCGAUGACGCCUGUUCCUCAUUGCUAUGUAGCAACGGUUUCUGUGUGGAGAGAGAUGGUCAUACAAAAUGUCUAUGUGAUUCGGGAUACACUGGCAGUCUAUGUGAUAUAAAAGUAGAUUCUUGCGUUUACCCACCUUGCUCAAUUGGAAAUUGUUCUUCAAGUCCAUGUGGGCAUCGGUCGUGUUUCGGUGAUAACUAUAAUUUCACUUGUGCCUGCGAGUUCGGGUUUACUGGGUCAAACUGUCAUACCACCAUCAACAUGACUCAAGAAUCAAAGAUAGGAGAAAUUGUGAGCAAUUUCACAGUUAAUGUUCACCAAAACUCUUCUUUCAACUUCACUUUUUAUCAUGUUAAAAUAUCAAUCGACGGCUCUGAAAAGAUUGCCAGCGACAAACUUUUAUCCGCAUUUGAUGGUAAAGAUUUGGUUUGCCACGGAAAUCUUGCUAUCAUUGAAAAAUUUGUUUCAUAUCAAGAUCGGAUUUUCAGAAUCGAUGAGAACAUGCUACUUUGUUUGUUGCGUUCUCUUAACAAAACGUGUGACUGUGAUGAGUCUGUCGCGGAAGAAAACUGCUCAUGUUCACUGUCAUUUUGUAAUUGCUAUUCUCAAAUUGAACAAACUAAAAACAAAUCAUGGACGUCUUCAAAAAGCAAUCCGUGCGAAGAUGGUUACAUAUCGUGUAAGUGCUUUGACAGGCACUCGGGAUUACCUUGCGAUGGACUUGUUACCACCAAAACAUUGAGUAAAGGAUUUGUUGUGGACUGCUCCAGUGAACUAGAUUGCAACGAAACAACUGACCCUUGUUACCCAAACCCAUGCGUGCAUGGUACAUGCACUUAUUCGGAAGAAGGAAUACUGUGUUUAUGUGAAAAUGGAUACUCAGGAAAAACGUGUAAUAAAACUUCAAGGGACUUCUGCCAGCCCAGUCCAUGCGUACGGGGUAAAUGUCAGAACACAGAAAAUGGAUUCCAGUGCGUUUGUCCAAAAGAAUUUUAUGGAUUAACCUGCAAUCAAGUGAAAACGCGAUGCAGCAUAAACAUUUGUAGCCAUGGAGAUUGCUUCAUAGAAGACACCGGAGAGCUUUUGUGUGAGUGCUUCCGUGGUUAUGAGGGACCACUAUGUGAAUCCCUCGCAGUAGACAGAUGCCAAAUUGGUAGUUGUAACAAUGGGUUGUGUAUUAACUCAAGAACAGGAUUUAGAUGCAUUUGUUUAUCUGGAUUUUUAGGAAAACGAUGCCAAGUCAGGGACUUCUGCUUUCCAAAUCCAUGUGCAAACGGAAAUUGUACCAGCAAAUCAGAUGGUUAUCAGUGCGUUUGUCACGCAGGCUUCACUGGAAAGACGUGCAGGGAGAACGUAGAUCACUGCCAGAGUAGACCAUGCGUCCGUGGACAUUGCGUCAAUAGUCAAGACACUUACUUAUGCCAGUGUCCACGAGGCUUCGUUGGUGACACCUGCAAUGAAACCGUAAACUUCUGUUCAUCAAAUCCUUGUCUUCAUGGCGAUUGCAUUAACUUAAAAAGUUCUUUCAAAUGCGAAUGUGAAGAUGGCUUCCAAGGUAUCUUAUGUGAUAAAAGGGUCGUCGUCGACCCAUGUGACAAAAAUCCCUGCAACAAUGGCAGAUGUAUCAGUGUCCAAGCAGUGGCAAGAAUUAGCCCUUUGUUUUAUUGUUUGUGUGAUGACGGAUUUACGGGUCAGUUUUGUCAAUCUCAAAUGGACCCAUGCCGAAACUACUCCUGCAAAUAUGGGUUGUGUGUAGCAAUUGAUUCCAACAGAUUUCAAUGCAAAUGUUUUAAGGGCUUUCAAGGGAGUAAAUGCGAAACUGAGGUAAAUCAUUGUAUUUCAAGUCCAUGCAAGAAUGGUGCGUGUAUUCCAAAAAAUUCAUCGUUUGAGUGUUCGUGCCACCCUGGAUACAAAGGAAACUUGUGUGAUGAAGUGAAAGACAGGUGUGAACCAAAUCCAUGUAAACAUGGACGUUGCCAUCAAGGAUCAACAUCGAUCCAAUGUUCAUGUUCUGCAGGAUAUACCGGAAACCUUUGUGACUCAAAAGUAGAUUACUGUGGUUCGAAUCCUUGCGAACACGGAGUUUGCGUGGCUAGCAGGAUUCAGUCGUUCAAGUGUUACUGUAAGCGAGGCUAUUCUGGAGAACUCUGCGAUCAGAAAGUGAAUCCUUGCACACCGAACCCGUGCAAGCACGGCUCAUGUAUACACCGAUAUUCUUCUUGGUUUGCCUGUCGAUGUGAAUUGGGAUACACAGGUAAAAUGUGCGAUAAGAAAAUUAACAUGUGCCAGUCACAACCUUGCAAAAAUGGUGUGUGUGUUAACUUUGGAAUGUAUUUUCGGUGUCGCUGUACAACGGGUUUUCAUGGACGUCUCUGUGAUGAAAUUGAGACCUGCCAAUCACGACCUUGUAAACGUGGGACAUGUAUUGCCACUACCAAUUCGUUUACAUGCAGAUGCCCGGAAGCGUACACGGGUCGUUACUGUGAGAAUAAGAUUGAUCCGUGUCAACCAAACACCUGUAAACAUGGCAGAUGUACACCGGUUGACAAUUUUUUCAGGUGUCUCUGUGAUAAAGGAUAUACUGGGGAACAUUGCCAGGUGAGUUUGAAUCCUUGCUCCUCUCACGAGUGCGAAAAUGGAAAGUGUAUCGCGCAAGGUGGUCAGUAUUCGUGUCAAUGUUUUAAGGGAUUCAGUGGAAACUACUGCGAUGUAGACAUCGACGAAUGCCUAAACUCACCAUGUUUUGCUGGCGUCCAUUGCAGCAAUUCCGUAGGAAGCUAUUCUUGUGGUCCGUGCCCAGUUGGUUUCACAGGUGAUGGUUUGCGUUGUGAAAAGUUAAUGGAUCCCUGUGAAAUGUUGAAUUGUUUGAAUGGGACGUGUAUCGCACAAGGUGGUGUGUAUUUCUGUCAGUGCCAUCAGGGAUUCAGUGGAAAACGCUGUGAUAUAGACAUCAACGAGUGCCUGGAUUCACCGUGUUUUGUUGGUGUCAACUGCGCAAAUUACCCAGGAAGCUACUCUUGCGGUCCUUGUCCGGUUGGUUUCACAGGCGACGGUUCCCAUUGUGAGAAGAUAGUACAUCCCUGUGAAAAACUGAACUGUUUUAAGGACGUGCCAUGUGUCUACAAGGGACAGAAAUAUGAAUGCGGAAACUGCCCGCCUGGAUUUACUGGAAAUGGUGCUCAGUGUACAGAGAUAGAUGCUUGCUCGUCCAAUCCUUGCCAUCCUUUGGUUCAGUGCUUCACGUUACAUGGCUCUCCCUCAGGUUUCCGUUGCGGUCCCUGUCCAGCAGGGCACAAGGGAAACGGAAUCAACUGUACCUCAUUGUGUCCUCUUCCUUGUCCCUAUGGAAUGGAAUGCAUAGGCUAUUAUACUUGCAGGUGUCCUGAAGGUUUCCAAGGCGUUGGCUGUAAAACACCAUUUUGCCGAGCUGGUUGUUACAAUGGUGGUACAUGCGUGAAACCAAACGUUUGUAAAUGUCUGGAAGGAUUUGAAGGACCUGCAUGCCUGUCACCCGUAUGCCGGCCGCCUUGCAAGUAUGGCGGAAAAUGUGUCGGGCCUGAUAAGUGUCGCUGUCCGCGCGGAUUUAUUGGAUCUCGAUGCGAAAAGAAACGCUGUCUUGUCUCGUGUUUGAACGAUGGAAGGUGCAUUGGGCCGUACGUCUGUCACUGUAUGCCGGGAUAUUCAGGUCAAAGAUGUGAAAUUGCGCCUUGUACUCCGAGAUGCCAAAAUGGCGGUUUGUGCAUCGCACGUGAUGUCUGCAAAUGUUUACCUGAGUACAUGGGUGAACGAUGCCAGUUUCCACUGUGCAGACCACCGUGUAUAAAUGACGGACACUGCGUUCGACCCAACGUGUGCAUGUGCCGUGCUGCAUGGAAAGGAGAUCAUUGUCAAAAGCCUGUUUGCCACCUGCCUUGCUUGAAUGGAGGAAGGUGUGCUCGUCCAAACCAAUGUACUUGUCUUUCAGGAUAUGAAGGCACUAUGUGUGAAAAAGCUAUUUGCAACCAGCCAUGUUUAAAUGGAGGGCAAUGCGUUCGUCCCGGAGUCUGUGCAUGCCCAUUUGGAUUCACCGGAAGGCAAUGCGAGGAGAGAGACCCGUGGUACGUGAACAGAAAACAGGAAAAUUAAAGCGGCAGGUCUAAAACAGUUGCCUAGCAACAGCCUCUGUCUUAUGAUGCUUCUGUUAUCCAUGUUACUAAUGUAAUAAGACUGGUCUAAAAAUUUUUCUAGAACUUUGUCUGUAAACAGAAGAAGAAAUAUCACUUACUUAUAACCAAGGAUGUACUUUGUUUUUUAAAGUAUUUAUAUUCGGCUUUAAUCGAAAAACCUGCAACCUGAUAUUCAUAUUAAACUUUCGUGUUCGCUAAAUUUCCAUAGUUAUUGCAUAUAUAUUUACAGCAACCAGAAUUCAGUAUAUACUUGUUUCUGCAACAUCUGAUUGGAUAAUUAGAGUGAGACAUUUGUAUUUUAAUGAUUUUCAAGUUUUCACUUGUACGGCAGCAACUUUUCCUCGUUGUACAAGCAACGCUCGAAGCGAACAUUUUACGAUAUGUGCGUUUAUCCAGUCCCGAACGCGAAAUAUUAAUGUCUUAUUGAACUAUUUUAUCGGUUUCAUAACAAGAUUAUUUACUCCUCCACUCUGAAUUGCAAACUGAACAACUUUAAGAAACAAAAAAUAACACGAAAUAGUCAUGUAAACAUUAACAAGGCCAAAACGUUGUGGUUUAAUUGUCUUAAUUCUUUGUUUAAGCUGGCUCUUACAGUUUAGUCUCCUGGUAAUUUUAGUGUUAGAUAUCAAUACAGUCCAGUUAUUUCGCCCUUA